AUGAAGCUGCCGUUGCUGCUACCUCUACUGCUAGGAACUGUCUCUGCGCGCCACCUGGGGGACAAUGCCCCCCCUCCAGAGUGUCUGGACAACCAGGCUGACCUGAGCCAGAAACUGGACUACUCUGAGGAGCAGAGGGGCGUGUUAGCACUGCAUGGGGAGGAGAUUCCAUCAGGGGAAGAGGAGGCUGAGGCUUCUGGAUGUCAAGAGACUUUUGAGGAUGAGGACAACCUGGAUUCAGACCCUGCUGCCCCAGAGGAUAUUGAGUGCCCCAAGGAAGAGGAGGCAGUUCAAUUGCAGGGCACUCCUGAGUGUAAGACUUGUCGCUAUGUGUUGGUGAGGAAGCCCCAGGCAUUUUGGGAAGCUCAGAAAACGUGCAGCAAGCUCUACCAGGGCAACCUCGUUUCCAUCCACAACCUCAAUACCAAUAAUCAACUCCGUUAUUUGGCCACUGGGAUUAACCAAGGCCAGGUCUGGAUAGGAGCAACCCGAAGGCACUGGAUCCUGUCCAGAAAAUUUAAGUGGACAGAUGAGAGCUAUUGGAAUUUUACACACUGGGCCCCAGGAGAGCCAGGAAAUGGAGGAGGACGCUGUGUGUUCAUGUGCAUCAAAGGGGGCCUUUGGAAGCGAGCUCAUUGCACAAAGCUGCUGCCCUUCAUCUGCUCUGCCUAA